CAUAUACGAUCUUGAAUGUGACGUCACGGCUGCGCGUCUGCAUCAACAUGGCGAACAUUCGAUGUGUCAAGGGUAUGGUGGGCCUGGUGACGGGUGGUGCGUCUGGACUGGGCCGGGCUACGGUGGAGCGUCUGGUGCAGAACGGAGCAUCUGCUGUGAUCCUGGACCUCCCCUCGUCUGACGGACCAGCGCUGGCGGCCAGUCUGGGGGAGCGCUGUGCCUUCGCUCCUGCAGAUGUAACAUCCGAGGCAGACGUCCAGUCAGCUGUGGCCUUGGCCAGAGAGAAGUUCGGGAGACUGGACCUCGCCGUUAAUUGCGCUGGAAUCGCUGUCGCCGUCAAAACCUAUAACUUUAAGAAGGAUCAACCUCACAGCCUGGAGGACUUCCAGCGCGUUAUCAAUGUGAACAUCGCAGGAACCUUCAAUGUGAUCCGCCUGGCGGUGGGUGAGAUGGGGAAGAAUGAGCCUGAUGUAGACGGACACAGAGGAUGCAUCAUAAAUACAGCCAGUGUGGCAGCCUUCGAUGGGCAGGUCGGCCAAGCAGCUUAUUCAGCCUCUAAAGGUGGAAUUGUUGGAAUGACCCUCCCCAUUGCAAGAGACCUGGCACCCAUGGGCAUUAGGGUUGUCACGAUCGCACCAGGUCUGUUCUCUACUCCUCUCCUGGCCGGUCUUCCAGAGAAGGUGCGAUCCUUUCUGGCCCGUCAGGUGCCCUUCCCCUCCCGUCUGGGAGACCCUGCUGAGUUUGCCCACUUAGUGACAUCAGUGGCUGAGAACCCCAUGAUCAACGGCGAGGUGAUAAGACUGGAUGGAGCCAUCCGCAUGCAGCCAUGAGACCGAUGACCUGUGUGUGUGUAUAUAUGUGUGUUUGGUCACAGACAAAUAAUUAAAUCAACAACUGACUCAAACUGCACGAAAGCAGUGAAUGUUGAUGUGUGUCUGGGAGUGUGUCUGUGAUACUGCCUGAUGCGUUUUUGUUUCUGACAGCUGCAUAUGAUAAAUAUGUUACUAUGGAUCACCAACACCACUAUCAGUUCUAUUUGUUAGUGUAACAGAGAAUGUGUGGAAAAAUGUGAAUCAUUUAAAGCAUUGCAGUUCUUUAUUCACUCCACUUUGGUUGUUUUGUAAGUGAAUCUAGAUUAUAAUAAAACCUCAGAUGAUUCAGUUAUCUAUUAAAGGG